AUGGACUUUCAGGCGAGAGAGUUCGCUAAACCAACGUCAAGAAAGUCAUUCGUCGAGCACACUACACAAGAGUCACAGAUGCCUCAGUCAUUUCGGGAGUACACCUCACCACUGCCUUCCAAUGACCUCAAAUCCCCGAAGCACGUAAGCCGAGCGUCUUUCAUCACAUCAAUGCCACCACCAGCGCUACCAGCGUCCUCCUCAGUCAACCAGCCGAGAAUGUCGUCGGCCAUCCCAGUAUCUGCCAGAAGAUCGUUCAAAGAGCCUCCGCCCAAGCUUGGUUCUGGCCAGCACUCUACGCUCUCACUGUCACUUCCUACUGAGCCUGCUGGACCGCCGGUAGGCACUUGGAACUUCGGAGACCAGUACGAGGCGCAAGACGGCCAAGAGCACUUGCGAGACAUGCCACAAGAGGCCACGCAACCGAUUCCUUAUGUACCAUUUCCUGGCUAUCGACCCGAUUUCGUUGAUCAAUACACUGGACAGCCACUUGCCAGCCCAUACGUUGCAAGUGUAGAUCUCCAGAACAUCAUCAAGCAGUCCGUACGAGAGUAUGCCGAGAAUCAAACGCCGCGAACCCUCCCAACCCAAGCAAUUCCUGACACCCAGAUGAAGGAACUACUCGAAGCCAUACGCAACGUCGGCCAUAAGGUGACCGAAACCCUCAGCGAACAGCAACAGCUAUCUAAGGACCUAGCUCAUCUGAAGGGACUGGUCUCCGAUCACAUUGCGAUUGAGAAGGAGGGCUCGCCAGAUACCUCCCUAGACCUGAACACGUCUAGCUCAGACCAGAUCAAACAAGUUCUCAACGACGACAAGCUUGUGGCCCGCCUCUCAGCUGCCAUGAAAGAGACCUUGGCUAGCCAUGGCGCGCAACACAAGGAACCAGAUCAAGGACCAAGAUUGAUCCCCGAAUCCGUCGAAGAUCUAUGGCAGCAGGACCAGAAGAUCGCCUCUGAGGUCAACAGCCUGCGGAAAGGCGCAGUGAGCGAUAUCGAAGCCCUCACUGAUAAGAUGGCCGAGCUGGAGACAAACUCUAUCGAACCGCCCAGUGACAAGGUGGCCAGUCUCGAGAAAGAGCAAGUCGAAAUACCCGACCAGAGACCAGUCAGUCUCGAGCCAGAGGUGGUCGAAACUCUUACUGAGAAGCUGGUCAGUCUCGAGACGAACUUGGGCAAUACUUUCGCCAAGGAGUUGUCCAGCUUUCAGACCGAGGUAAUCAACAACUACAUCGACUUGUCGAGACGUGUUGACAAGUGGGAGGAUUCUCUGUUCAAAGCCUCCGAUCAGCUCGUGCAAGGCGCCGCCAGAACAUUCGCCGAGAACAUUCGAGUAUUCACACGAGAGACUGUAGACGCAGCUGGUGCAAUGGUUACGGAGGACGCUAGGAAGAAGAUCACCGAGUAUGAAUUCAACGUGUCCAAUGACUUCGAAGCGCUGAGAACGAACAUUCAAGAGCUGCUCGUAUCUUUUCAAAACAGCAACAGCAGUGUCACCGAAGCCGUGAAAUCACUCAACACCCAGACACAGUCAAUCCGGGACAGCACUCCCGUUCUAACGACUGCGGUCACGGAAGUUAGGGAUACUGCGAAGCAGAUACUGGAGUACAGAAAACAAAUCGACAUCUGGUUGCACAGUCAACGUGCUGAUUUGAACAGCGGUGUCAGUGACUUGGCCACCUGCAGAAUCAAGUUGAAAGCUGUCUUGAACGGUAUCAUCACUCCAUCUGCCUUGGUGACCCAGGACAUGGCGAGAACUUGGAUCAAAGACUCCGCAGACUCGACCUCCACAUUUCUCGCGCAGUCUCUGCCGCAUACAAAGUUCCAUGAAUCAGAGCAGCAUCUUGGAUCUCUCUUGGGUCUUCACAAGCAAUAUACGACUUUCGUUGAGCAGAAUGCAGCGAUGGUGAGGCGUAUGGAUCAACUGGAGUCCGCAUUCGAGACCAAAGAUGCCCACACGAAAGCUUCGCUUGCCGCACUGUGCAACCAGCUGAGAAGAGGUGUUGGGUUCAAUGUGGCCGCUGCCAUGCGAGGCAUAGCGUCCACUAUAAGGGCUGCACUACCUCCCCAGGCUCCGCUAAUUGCCCGCAUGAAUCGGCUGGAAGCAGGCAUCGGUGCUAAAGAUGACAACAUGAAGGCCGAGGUUGCUACACUAAAGGCUGAGCUAAAGUCCGAUCUUCGUGACAUGAUCACAAAUGCCGUCGAUCUCAUCGUUACUCGUAUGACUGCGCCUCCACCUCUGGCUUCAGACGAAAUGUUCACCGCCACAAACGAUUCAACGCAGACCAUGCAGGUCUCAGCAGGCGAGGGUCCUUCCACGUACAGCAACAGUCAAACUCACGGUGGUUCUGUGCAAACUGCCGUGCCAGCACAGGUCUUGCCCAAUAGCAACAUCGAUGCUCAGAUGCCUGACGCUGAUGCAAGAAAGCCGUGGGCCGAGAUCGAAAUGAAGGUUGGUGUCUACAGGAGCGGUCAGCCGCGCGUCGACGUUGUCUCGACAGUCGCGGAGUGCCGUACUCUGGCCAAGCUCAUGAAGGUGGUUUCAACCCGGAUGAAAAAUGGCACACCCGACUCUGCUCGCGUCAAGUUGCGAGGUGCGGUAGCUGAUGAAGUGGUCGAGAUUACCCUACCGGCUGAUACUGGGGGCGACAAAAAGUAUGCGGCUUGGGUGAAUGAAACUGUUCAUUGCCAGCAGUGGAACACGGGGGAGAUGAAUGUCUUGGUAGAUCUGACACAGCUUUCGUUGAAAGCGUGA